UGUUCUUUAGUAAUGUGAAAUUGAAUGUGAAAUUGAAUUUUUUUAGUUUUCGAUUGCUACUGAUUACUACAGAACUCUGAAUGUUUUACUAAGACAUGAAUGUUCUGCUUAUUAUUAUGGUUUAGAACAUGAACUCUGAUUGCUACUGAACUGUUACUUGUGUUUAAAUAAUUGUAUUGAGUGUGAGAGACGAAUUCCAAUUGAAAGCCUCGGUUUUAAAUAAUUGUCUUAAACAAUAGUAGAAUAUGAAAGCCUGAUAACUAGUCAAAUUGUUUUAGAGUUACUAUAUGUAAUUAAGAAAAGUUAACUUACUUCCUUUGCCAAUUUUAAUCAUGUAUGGCAAUGACUUUGAGAGGAGGACGUAAUCAAUAAUCCUAAAUAGUAGAGGUGGAAAAGAUGGAAAAUGUAAGCUUAUUUGAUUCAAAAAAAUGACAGGUUUUAUUUGUUGCUCGAGAUGAAAAUCUUGGAGGAAAAUGCCGGUGCACUAACAAAUUUUGAGGUCCUUGAUUUCUUACGAGCUAAAGGAGCUUCGAAAGAUCCAUCAAGGGUUCUUGCCAAAGUAGCAAUGUCUGAGUACAAGGUUUACGAUUACUUGGUUAAAACUCCCGCUGGUUCUCAAACAAGGGAAAGCGUCAAGGAGUAUUUCACAGCUAUUAAACAGCAUGAUCUGUCAGAGGCGGAGGUUUUGAACGUUUUAAACAUCAGACCAGCUUCUGAAGUUGAAAUAUAUCACAUCAUAGAAGAUUGUGAGGAGCGUUUUCCAGAUGAAGAGGUAACUGAAAUAGUAGAGAAGGUGGGAAACACAUUGCCAGCACCACCAGACAAAGCGACACCAGAAGAAAUCACCAAGGGCGAUGAAGAAACAGAAACACAGAAACAUGAUGAGAUUAGUCAAGACCAAACUGAAGAUGGAGAACAAAUGGACACAAGUUGAGAAUUAAUUGUCACCUCGAUAAGUUAUGAGUAGCACUAAAGGAUGUCACGAAGUUUAUUAGGCAAAAUUUUGAGUCUGUGAAAAUGAUUUUUAUGUGAAUCUAGGGUAAGUCUAGUGGCUGUGUUAGACUUUGCUUCUACAGGAAACUUUUGGCAUGCAAAUGAUGGCUUUGCUUACACUAUAAACAAAGCUUGUUAGAUUUUCUUAAAAAAAAUUUAACCAUUGUUUUUUUCUUGUCCAAAAUUAUAUUUCAUACCUUAUGUUCUGGUGAU